AUGAUGAUGACGUGCCGUCUGCUGUGCGCCCUGUUGGUGCUUGCCCUGUGCUGCUGCCCGUCCGUGUGCGCGUCAGAGACUGAGACGGCUCAGGUUGAAGAUAUUGUAAGCGGAACCCAUUCACCGUCUGUUGUACCAGGAGGACCACCGGGGGUCAGUGA